AUGGGCCACAGUCCUACCCCUGCUGUAGCUUUGUCACCAUCCUUGAGCCUAAAUUGUCAGGAGGCAUCAGGCAGUGGCUUCAUUCAAUAUGUCGACACCAUGGUGAUAGAGCCAGAGUGUCUUCCUAUGACUGCUCCUGGGUGUCAUGCCAUGCCACUGAGCCACUGUGGUGGUGUGGCCACCCCCUCACAAUCUGUGUCAUCAGCCAUGGUUCCUCUUGGCCACUGGUAUCACCUCACUGUAGUUGAUGUACAGGAUGCAGAGCUGGCCUGGUUGGAAAAGUGCCAUGCCCAAGGAGUUUAUCCAACACAUCGUUCAAGGAAGGGUGGGCAGCAUGAGCCACCAUCUAUGGAGAUGCUCUUCAAGUGCAUGGAUAAUCAUGAUAAAAUGGCUGAGAAGUUGCAUUCAGAGGGGAAAUCCUGUUCCUCCAACAUCUAUGUCAGCUCACUCAACAAUCACCACUUCAUGCUAGAUUUGCCAUAUGUAGAUGUGACGUUUAUGUGUGAUCACAUUGAUAUCAUGGCUCUCAUGGACAUUGCACUUCUGAAGGCUAACAAAACCAAUCACCUUCACUCAUUCCUCCAGUACAAGAAAUAUCCUCCUCUUGUUCCCCACUCACCACAACAGCACCCUCCCCCCAAUCAAAGGGAUCACAUUUGUCCUAUGGAGGGCAUCAUGUUUACAGCCACUUGGCUGCAGUCUAUGUGCCCAUUCUUCCAGCCUUGGGGCUUGUCAAAAUUCUCAGUGCCUAUGUGGCCAACGUCGGGCCCUAUGGAUUUCAUGAUUCUUCAUGUUGCAUGUUGGGCUCAUGAUGAGAUGAUGAGGAAUGGUGAAACACCAUCUAUCACCCACUUGAGUGCUGAGAUGCUUCAAUACCACCCUAAGGGUAGCAACUGGAAAAUCGUGCUUGAACUGGAUCUUGAUCAGCCUUGCUACAUGAAGCAUGUUGCUGAGCCAUGGACACAUCUUAUCUGA